ACCGCGGCUCCGUGUGUGCAUGUGUGUGUUGUGGGCCAAUAGUCACUCAGUUACACAACUGCUUUCAGUUUCCGAGCCCUGCCUGCUCGCCUGGUGGUUCCCCGCCCACCGCUGCUCUCUGCUGCCUGCCUGCCUGCCUGCCUCUCUGCUGGGCGGACUGGGGCAGAUCCGAGCCGACCAGUUCCGUGUUUCUCUGCUCACCCAGUUCACGGAGCAGACCGUACCGGAGGACCGGACAGCGUCACGGUGGACAUUCCUGUCCAGCAGCGGCAUCCGUAACUCCGGGGACGACGGGAAAGUGAGCGCGGAGUUCUGACCCUGCAGCGCAGCCCGCAUGUAGCAUCGUGUGAUACAGCCAGGUGUGUGCAGGUGGUGGGCCCAAAGUUUGCACUCAAACUCUCACUGCGUCCAUCUUUGAGCCAAAGACUGUCCUAAAGUAAAUCCAGUUUCUAAGCAGAGCUCCACUGUCCCAUCCGUUGCAGGACUGCUGGUUCUUGAAGUCUCUGAAGGUCCUUUUUCAUGAUUCUGACUGCAUAAUCGGGCUCGCUGUCCUUCUGCAGAUUGAAUUUGCACGAUUUAAAAAAGGUUACUUCAUCAUGACUUAAAGGAUCAUUACGCUGUCCCGUGUCAAGAGUAAAGACCACAGCGACGCCACCAACGUUGAACGAGCUGAUGAUGCAAAAGAGUCUGAACUCUCUGUAGCUCACCUGUGUAGCUCCAUGGAUUAAAAAGGUCCCUUUACCAGAGUCAGGGAGGAAGACGUGACGGCCGCUCUGUGGGAGUUCUGUGCCUGAUCGCAUAAUCUGGACGAGCUUUUUGUAUUUUCUGUUCAUUUGGAGUAAUAUGGUUCAUUGAAGAUGGAAUAAAAUAUCAGUGGGAGUUAUUCCUAAACAAGGACUGACUGCAAAAUUCAAGAAUGGAGCAGGAUUUUACACAGUAGGAUCUCAUAUCUCAUAUCAGUUGUGGAUGGUGUAGGUACCUCGUAGGUACUACCCUGGACACGGUGGAUUUUACACACAAUUCAUCUAAAAACAUCUGAAGUGCAGCAGGCAGUAUUUGUCUGUAACUGGAAAAGUCUUCCUUUUUCUCACUGUUGUGAAUGGACGUCUGAGCCUUCUAAAGCUAGAAGGGGAUAUUUUCCAUCUUCUGUUUGGUGUCUCACAACAGGGAAAGCCCUCCAAACAUGUCCGGUACAGGAAGGAAGCACUUGGUCAGAGACUUUAACCAUUUCAUCACCUGCUACCUGUGUCGAGGUUACCUGAUUAAACCGACCACGGUCACCGAGUGCCUGCACACAUUCUGUAAGAGCUGUAUUGUGCAGCACUUUGAGGAGAGCAACGACUGUCCUAAAUGUGGCAUUCAGGUCCAUGAGACCAACCCACUCGAGAUGCUCAGGUUAGACAACACCCUGGAGGAGAUCAUUUUCAAGCUGGUGCCCGGACUCAGAGAAAACGAGGAACAGCAAGAGCUCGAGUUCUGGAGGAAGAACCAGCCCAAAGAAAACGGCCAAGAAAACCUGAGGUGUCCACGGCUCGGGGUCCCCGAUGCUGGAGGCGACGCUGGUGAUGGUGGAGGCAAUGAGGCGGACGGUGCCGGCGAUGACGACUAUCACAGGAGUGACCCACAGAUCGCAAUCUGCCUGGACUGCUUACGCAACACAGGACAGUCGGGGGAGAGCACGGUCACGGAUUUGAUGAAGAGGUUCAUCCGCUGCUCCAGUAGAGUCACCGUGGGAACAAUUAAGAAGUUUCUCAGUCUUAAACUAAAGCUGCCGAGUUCCUACGAGCUGGAUGUUCUGUGUAACGGAGAGAUCAUGGGCAGAGAUCACACUCUCGAGUUCAUCUACAUGACCCGAUGGAGGCUACAUGGAGAGAAUACAUAUCCCAUGGUUCUCGAGUACCGGCCACGCAUCGACUUUGGCUGAACCACGAGUGCAAGAAGAGGACCACACACACACACACACACACACACACACACACGCACACACACACACACAAAGUCAUCCAUACAAAGCAAGCAAGACAUUAAGAACAUCUGCAUUUCCAAGAAUAAACUCCACACACACACACACACACACACACACACACACACGCACACACGCACGCACGCACGUCAACCAUAUGCAGAGAAAGAAAUGUAUUUUUGUACAGCCAAUGAUGAAGUGCUUACGUUGUUAUGUUAAAGAGCUUUUAUGCUACAUAGAAUAAUAUAUGCUAUAAUAUAUGAUAUUUUUAAAUGUAUGUCCCUGUGCCUAAAAGAGCUGUUCGGAUCAGAAAUGAAGUAUGACCAUAUCUCCUCUUUGCCUGUCUAACUCUAACUGUAGAUUAAAUGUUGAUUUUCUACUGCUG